AAAUGUGUACUCUAUUACAUGAAACUAGUACCCUUUAGACAAAUGGUCUACUCUGAGAAACUGGUCAAGCCUUUUUCCUUCUAUAGACAUCUACAACUUCUCUUUCAUCACUCUUCUAAAAAAACAAUAUAACAACUCCAUUAGAUGCAGACAACAACUAAACCAAAAUAAACCCCAACAGUAGUAGUAGAAACAAAACAAAAGAGAACUCCAUGGACAUCACAAGAAACAGCAACACCAAGCUCCAUCUCCAGACUCAGCUUCUGUUUCCUCCUAAUAUGGAGAAAAACUCAAAUGUUAGCACAAACCCUUUUGUAGAAGACUCACUUACAAGCAGAAUCAAUCUAAAGGAAACUGCAGAUUUCAUCAAGUCACUGCCAAUUUCAUCAAACCAAAGCAGUAGCAGCAGCAGUGAGAUGGUAAACGAAAGAAGACCAAGUUUCUCAUCACAGAAGAGCGUUGGAGAAGGAAGAAGCAGUGGGCAUAGAAGAGUGAUGUUAAUGGAGUCUCCUUGCACUCCAGGUAGAGGAGUCUUCAGUUUCAGUAGCAAUGUCUCUGGUAGAAGAAGAAACUUCCCUUCUAAAUGGAUUGAUGCUGAGAAAUGGGUCACCUCUAGUCAUGAUUCUCCAGCACAUUCCCUCAAAAGCACCCAGUUUGAUGGGUUUAAACACCAGGUGGAAGUUGUAUACUCGGAAAAAUCUAGGGUUACGGAAGAAUGUUUCAAUGGAUCUGUCUCAUUAUCUCCACAAGAUCUUAUCCUUAAAGAUAAGUUAGCAAACGAGGUGCAACAGAUUCUUCCAUCAACGGAAGGGUUUAUAUUCAAAGAUUCCGACAAGUUUCUCCAGUACGAGGAAGGUCAAGUUCAACACAGAGACAUCGGAACAGAGAUGACACCAAUCGGAAGUUUAGUGACUUCAAGAUGUAACACGCCGUUUAAAAGCACAUCUCCGGCGAGACACAACACGCCUUCGCAACUGUCCGGUCCGUUAGCGGAAACCAAGAACGUCAUUGACAUAUCCGAGUUCGCAGACAAGCUUAGACUCAGUGGGUCAACAGCGAGUCAGUAUGGUAACUGUAACUCGGUGGCGAGUCACUGGAACUCUAGGGAAGAAGAAGAGGAAGAGAUAUCAAAGAGUUUGAGACAUUUCGAUAUGGAGAGUGAGUUACGGAGAAGUGUAUCUGAAUCUAAAGCUGUUUUGUGGGACGAUGAAGACGACAAGAUCAAGUUUUGUCAAAGGUAUCAAAGAGAAGAAGCCAAAAUCCAGGCAUGGGUUAAUCUCGAAAACGCUAAAGCCGAAGCUCAAUCCAGAAAACUUGAGGUGAAAAUACAGAAGAUGAGAUCAAAUUUAGAGGAGAAAUUAAUGAAGAGAAUGGAUGUGGUGCACCGGAGAGCAGAAGACUGGAGAGCUACGGCGAGGCAACAACAUGUCGAGCAGAUGCAGAGAGCGGCCGAGACGGCCAGGAAGUUAACAAACCGCCGUGGCUAUUUGGUUACCGGCCGUAGCUCAUGUGGUUGUUUACCUUGCAACAAUAAUUGUCGCUAACUCAAUUUAAAGGAAAAAGAAUACUUAAAAAAGAGAGUAAAAUACACAUAAACAAACAUAAGAAAUCACUGUUUAUGUGUUUAAAUUAUUAAACAUGUAUGUUCGUUUAUUGUUUAUGCAAGAAAAAAAGAAAGAAAAAUAUCG